AACAAUUACUGCACCCACUGAGAAGUUGCUACUAUCAUCACGAAACGGGUUUUUGUGCCUGCCUCGAAAAAAUAGAAUUAUGGUCCUUCCAACUCUCCUGUUUUAUUCAGCAGCAUCAGUUGUGAUUCUCACAGUAGUUUUAGUGCUGUUAUAUUACACUCAUCCCACUUUGUUGUUUGAGUGGUAUAUGAGAUACCAGCUCUACUCUAGUGGACUAUGUGUUAGGUAUGUAAAAAAUGAAGAGCGCACCUAUUGUUAUGCGGAGAGGGGAACCAGGACCCCAGACAGGAGCUCUAUAUUGUUUAUACAUGGCUUCACUGCCAGCAAGGACAUGUGGGUACCAUUGGUGAAGCUGCUUCCCAAGAACCUGCACAUUGUAGCAGUGGACUUGGCUGGGCACGGGCAUACCACACAAGUCCCAGGAGAAGAUAUAUCAUUUCUAGGACAAAUUAAAACAUUACAUCAGUUUGUAGAACUUAUAGGCCUCAAUAGUGCCCCAUACCAUGUGAUAGGCCAAAGCAUGGGAGGGGCCAUGGCAGGGUUAUAUGCUGCACAUUAUGGUCAUGAAGUAGAUAAAGUGACCCUUAUAUGUCCUGCAAUGAAGACGCCUGUAGAAACAGAAUUCAUUCAUGAGUUACGCUCAGGACACUGUCGUCUCAUUCCUAAAGAACCAGAAGAAGUUCAGUACAUGAUAGAUUCCACUUUGUAUAACAAAAGACGGUUCCCUAAACAGAUCCUGAAGGCAGUUAUUAAAACAAGAGAACCAUAUAAUGACUUUUUUCAUGAGUUGUACACUACCCUAGCUACAGAUGAAGAAGGGGAGCAACUCAUUCAGCAUGCAGAGAAAAUUACUGUACCAUCACAAAUAAUUUGGGGGGAACAUGAUGAGCUUGUCCAUGUCUCUGGCUUCGAUGUCCUAAAGAAGGCACUACCAAACUGUCAGAAGGCAGAUGUUAUUGAGAGGUGUGGUCACUCCACCAACAUGGAUCGUCCAGGCAUGGUGGUCAAGCUUCUGCUACAGUUCCGUGGAGAGUAUAUUAAGACCAAUAGGAAAAGUAAAGCUCAGUAAAGAAAUACAGUCAUCUCUGUGUUUGUUUGUCAUUCCAAAGAGUGAUAAAGAAUUUGUCCUGCUGGAAUUAACUGUGGUUCUUAAAAGGGAAAGUGAAUGGUGUGAAUUAGAUUCUUGGUCCCUGCGUACAUCAAUUACUGGGAAUUUUGAUUAAAUGGACAGAAUCUAUAAUUUUUAUUCUGAUCUGCAGAAGAACGAUUUUAUAGCUAAUUUUCCUUCAUGCAGUUAUUUAUUAUUCCACAUUCUAAAGAAAUGUAUUUGAUAGAGUUAUUAAUCAAAACUGUUGUGAUUGAGUUAUGAAGUAUAAGGUGCUCAAAAGCUACUUAUGGAGGAAUGCAUUAAAACAGGUUGUUUAAUUACAAGUAACAACGAUUGUUUUAGUAAGCUGUUUACUUAAAAAAAAAACACUGUUGCAAAAUUAAACAGUUUAGUGUGUUGCCAUUAAGAUUUUGUUUUUUCUGUUGUGAAUGUGUGUCUUCAGAAACGUGUAACACAUCUACUCUUUUUUUGUAGUAGGUUACAGAUUGAUGUGAUUUCUCAGGUUUUUACACUGAACCAAAAAAAAAAUUUUAACGAUAUAAAGUGUUUGUAAAG